UGUCAAUUGCUAGGCGACGUAAAGGGAAUAAAGGCCGUAGCCUAUUUCUGACUGGGGGGCUUAUUUUUAACGAGUGAGGCUGACUCUGCGGCCUCGCUUACUGACGUGGCGGGUUGAUAAUUCAUUUUCUAGUUUGCCUGCUCGCUUCUGUCCACGCUGCGUGCCGUGUUACCCUAUUGUUGUAGUUUUUCCCUUGAUAAUAAUGACAGGUGUUGAAGGUAAAAAGCCGACAGGAUGAUCAUGACGUCUUUCUCUUCGGCUACUCGACGCAAAAAUGUGCACCAGGAUGGUUUGUGUCUUUGUUUUCAUCUUGUUUUUUGAAUAGUCAUCGCAGGAGGAAAGGACAAGAAAAAAAACGGAGUGGCUGUCAGAGCCAGAAUGAGGAUCUUUUCCUAAAAUCGUCAUUAUCGGUUGAUGAUAACUAAUCCUCGGUGGAGGGGAGUUGUAGUUUGGUGGAAUGGUGUGAUGUGGCGUCGGAGUUCACAGUGAUCAGAACAGCAGGCUGCAGACAGAUUACCAGGGGAGGGCUGCGCGUCUGGCAGAGAUAAAGAUGGUGUUUCGGAGCGAGGAGAUGUGCUUGGCGCAAUUGUUCCUGCAGUCCGGCUCAGAAUAUGACUGCAUUAGUGAGCUCGGAGAACUGGGGCUGGUCGAGUUUAGAGAUCUCAACCCCAGUGUCAGCUCUUUCCAGCGGCGCUUUGUCAGCGAAAUCAAGAGGUGUGAAGAGAUGGAGAGGAUUCUGGGUUAUCUUCUGAGGGAGAUUCACAAGGCUAGACUAGCCGUUCCAGAGGAGGAUCAGAGCCCACUGGCUCCUCCACCCAGACAGGUCCUUGAGAUCAUGGAGCAGCUUCAGAGGCUGGAGAUGGAGCUCAGUGAGGUGGCGAAAAACAAGGAAAAACUUCAGCGGAACCUCCUGGAGCUCACCGAAUACACACACAUGCUGAAGAUCACUCAGACCUUCAUCCACAGCCGCUCCAGGCAUGAGGCUCUUGGUCCCCAGUAUGAAGAGUUCCCCACCAUGGAAACAGACUCUGCUGGAGGAUGCACUGGUAUGCAGAGGCUGGGAGCCAAGCUGGGGUUCAUUUCUGGUCUGAUCCAGCGGGUGAAGGUGGAGGCCUUCGAGCGUAUGUUGUGGAGAGUGUGUAAAGGUUACACCAUCCUCAGCUAUGCAGAAGUGGAUGAAAGCCUCACUGAUCUCGACACAGGUGAAAUAGGCAAAAGUGUGGUGUUUCUAAUCUCUUUCUGGGGGGACCAGAUUGGACAGAAAGUUCAAAAGAUCUGCGACUGUUACCACUGCCACCUGUAUCCUCACCCCGAGAAUGACGAGGAGAGAGCAGAUGUGCUGGACAGCUUAAGAACCCGGAUUCAAGACCUCAACAAUGUGCUUCAUCGCACUGAGGAUUACUUGAGGCAGGUUCUGCAGAAAGCGUCCGAGUCGGCCUUCAGCUGGGUUGUGCAGGUGAAAAAGAUGAAAGCGAUCUAUCACAUCCUCAACCUCUGCAGCUUUGAUGUCACCAACAAGUGUCUGAUUGCUGAGGUGUGGUGCCCCAUCAGUGAUUUAGCGAAGCUAAGAGGAGCUCUGGAAGAGGGUUCGAGAAAAGGGGAAGCCACUGUGCCAUCGUUUGUGAAUCGCAUCCCAUGCACUGACACUCCACCUACCCUUUUAAGAAGCAACAAGUUCACAAGUGGGUUUCAGAGCAUUGUGGAAGCGUAUGGGGUGGGGGAUUAUCGUGAGGUAAGCCCAGCUCCUUACACCAUCAUCACAUUCCCCUUCCUGUUUGCUGUGAUGUUUGGUGACCUCGGUCAUGGGAUCGUUAUGAGCCUCUUCGCCCUGUGGAUGGUGCUGACAGAGAAGAAGCAGAACAAGAAACGGUCCAAUAAUGAGAUAUGGACAACGUUUUUCAAUGGACGUUACAUCAUCCUGAUGAUGGGGCUUUUUUCUGUCUACACCGGACUCAUUUACAACGACUGCUUCUCCAAGUCUUUGAACAUAUUUGGCUCUGGGUGGAGCAUUAAGGCAAUGUUCACGAACCAGCAAUGGACAAACAAAACACUCCAAAGUAAUGCUUUGCUCACAAUGGACCCUAAUGUCAGUGGAGUCUUCAACGGCCCUUAUCCUUUUGGAAUCGAUCCUAUAUGGAACAUGGCGGUGAACCGGCUCUCCUUCCUCAACUCAUACAAGAUGAAGAUGUCUGUUAUUGUUGGAGUCAUUCACAUGAGCUUUGGUGUGGUGCUGAGUGUCUUUAACCACCUGCACUUUAAACAGAAAUUUAACGUCUACCUGCUGUUUCUUCCGGAGCUUCUCUUCCUGCUUUGUCUCUUUGGCUACCUGGUCUUCAUGAUUUUCUACAAGUGGUUUGCAUUCAGUGCGCGAGAGUCCAACCAGGCCCCGAGCAUCCUCAUCCACUUCAUCAACAUGUUCAUCAUGCAGGGAAAGGACAUCAGUCCUCUGUACCCGGGACAGACUGGGCUGCAGAUAUUCCUGCUUUUGGUAGCAAUGCUCUCCGUUCCCGUCCUGCUGUUAGGAAAGCCUCUCUACCUGUACUGGCUGUACCGGGGAGGGAAAGGUCUGCGGAGACGCAGAGGUUAUGAGAGGGUGAGGCGUGCAAGUGAAGACGACAACUCCAUCACUCCAUCCUAUGACGAUGAUGAAGAGGAGGGAUUUGAUGAAGUGACCAGCAGAGAGCCUCUUCCCAAACAGUUUGACUUUGCAGAUGUGUGCCUGCACCAGGCCAUCCACACCAUUGAGUACUGCCUGGGCUGCAUUUCCAACACCGCCUCCUACCUGCGCCUCUGGGCUCUCAGCUUAGCUCACGCUCAACUGUCAGAGGUCCUGUGGACCAUGGUGAUGCGUCUGGGUUUUAAGAUCACCACAAAAGUUGGGGUAGUGUUUUUGGUCCCGGUGUUUGGCCUCUUUGCCACACUUACUGUAUCCAUUCUGCUCGUCAUGGAGGGCUUGUCAGCGUUCCUUCACGCUCUCCGGCUUCAUUGGGUGGAGUUUCAGAAUAAAUUCUACCACGGGACCGGUGUCAAGUUUCUACCAUUCGACUUCUCCCUCCUACCCUCUGUUUUCGAGCAGGAAGGCCUCCUUUAAAACUCUCUGAUGCAGUGGAUGGGACCGGGAGCUGAUUUUAAACAAGGGAAAGGAUGCCGGCGAAUCGGACAUUUGACACUGUGAUACUGAAAACGAACCUUCAACUGAAGCUCAUUUCUUGUAGCAACUUUUUCACCUUGCUGGUUUUUAAAUGUUAAGCUGACUGCCUUACUGUUGUACCCAGCAAACUUCUGUAGAAGUUUUCCUUCUAUGAAUUAAUAAUCUAUUGGGUCCGGAUUUCGUAAUACUUCUACUAUUCAUACGUAUUUAAACAUUUUAUUUGCAUUGUGCUGUGUAAACAGAUUUUUUUGGGUUAUCUUUUACCACAUGGUAUUUAACCAGUUCAAUUUUAAACCCAAGUGAAAACAUCCCCAAGCAUUCAAAACGUAGUGCCAUAAAAAUUAUUUCUGAUUACGAUAAUGGGGAUGACUCACCCCCCCCCCCCCCCCCCCCCUUUAAAAAAACAUGUUGAGAAAGAAAAGCUGCAGGCAUUAAAACCACUGACAUGUCAAGCCUUUUUGGGGACAUACUUUCACAAAGCACUUUGCAGAAAUGAUUGUAGAAUUAAUGUUUUCACUGACUUAUAAUGCCAAAUGAAAAAAGAAAAUCAACUGUCUGCUUGUUUAUUGUUUUUUAUGCAUUAAUUGUACGUAACUUCCCUGUAACUGACAGGAAAACAUCAAGUACUUUAGAGUAGCUUAAGAAGCCUUAGCUGUUUGUUUGUUUGUUUGUUUGAUUUCACUGCUAGUGGCAUUUAUUAAUGAUAAUCCAUGGUAUUUAUUUCAACUGUCCGUAUCAAAUAUUUUGACAUUCUCAAGUGUAAAAUAAAGUUUUGAGUCAUGCAAGCAA